AGUGUGAGAGGUGCGGCGGGGGAGGUAAUGAUGGUGGCGGAGGAGGAAGGCGGGGGAGGGGGUGCUGGGUGCUGAGCGGCGGCUCUGCCAGGGUUUGUUGGGGUGGGGGACGGUCGCGGGGCGAUCCGUCAGGGAGGGGGCGGGCGUGAGGGGCGCCGUCCGCCUGAGGGGUUGCGGACCCCAGCUCCCGCGAGCGCCGCGCCUGGCUUGGCUCUUCCAUGUGGCUCCGGCGGGGAUGGAGGACUCGGUGGCUGAGGCGGCGGCUGCUGUUGCGGCGGCGACGAAGGAGCGGCUCUGAGGAGGGAACGGGGCCAGAUUCAGCCCGACAGCGGGAUUAGAGUCCUCCACAGAUAGCCCCUGAUGUGGCAAGGUGAUGUCUUCAUGAGGGAACCUCCUCUUACUCAUCCUGUCAUGCGGACCAUACUGUUCUUGUCCGGGCCAUUCAUCUAAGAUGGGAUUUACCCUGUGAAACAGGGAGAAGAUUUAUGAACUCCAAGCAUCAUUUCAAGUUCUAGUUGAGCUAGUUGAGGUUUUUUUUUAAGGUACAGAAAGACAUAUAUGCAAAGCUCCUUUGCUUUGGACCCUCUAGUUUACUAAGCUACUGUGUUGCUAACCCAGAACUGCUCCCUUGUAUUGACCAAUCAUCAUGGCUUCAGUUUGGAAGAGACUGCAGCGUGUGGGAAAGCAUGCAUCCAAGUUCCAGUUUGUGGCCUCCUACCAGGAGCUGAUGGUUGAAUGCACAAAGAAAUGGCAGCCAGAUAAACUGGUGGUGGUUUGGACAAGAAGAAGCCGAAGGAAGUCUUCUAAGGCUCAUAGCUGGCAACCUGGAAUAAAAAAUCCAUACCGUGGUGUUGUCGUAUGGCCUGUUCCUGAAAACAUUGAAAUCACUGUAACACUUUUUAAGGAUCCUCAUGCAGAGGAAUUUGAAGACAAAGAGUGGACAUUUGUCAUAGAAAAUGAAUCCCCUUCUGGUCGAAGGAAAGCUCUUGCUACUAGCAACAUCAACAUGAAACAAUAUGCAAGUCCUAUGCCAACUCAGACUGACGUUAAGUUAAAAUUCAAGCCAUUAUCUAAAAAAGUAGUAUCUGCCACUCUCCAGUUUUCAUUAUCUUGCAUUUUCCUUCGGGAAGGAAAAGCUACGGAUGAAGACAUGCAAAGUUUGGCUAGUUUAAUGAGCAUGAAGCAGGCUGACAUUGGCAAUUUAGAUGACUUUGAAGAAGACAAUGAAGAUGAUGAAGAUAACCGUGUGAACCAAGAGGAAAAGGCUGCCAAAAUUACAGAGCUUAUCAACAAACUUAACUUUUUGGAUGAGACAGAAAAGGAAUUGGCCACUGUAAAUUCAAAUCCAUUUGAUGAGCCUGAUGGAACAUCAUUAAAUCCAUUUGGAGAUCCUGACUCUGAAGAAACAAUCACUGAAACCAUUUCACCUAGAAAGUCGGAAGAACCUUUUUAUAAUAACAGCUAUAAUCCCUUUAAAGAGGUACAAACUCCACAGUAUUUGAACCCAUUUGAUGAGCCGGAAACUUUUCUAACUACAAAGGAUUCUCCUCCCCACUCUACCAAAAGAAAAAACAUAAGACCUGUGGAUAUGAGCAAAUACCUGUAUGCUGAUAGUUGUAAACCUGAAGAAGAGUUGGAUGAGUCAAAUCCUUUUUAUGAACCUAAACCAACUCUUCCUCCAAAUAAUUUGGUAAAUCCAACUCAGGAAUUGGAUACUGAAAAAAGAGUAAAACGUAAGGCUCCACCUCCACCAGUCCUCUCACCAAAGACAGGAGGAAUAAACGAAAACACAGUUGUUUCAACUGGAAGAGAUCUCUCUACUUCUCCUAAGCCAAGUCCUAUACCAAGUCCUGUUUUAGGUCGAAAGCCAAAUGCUAGUCAGUCAUUGCUUGUAUGGUGUAAAGAAGUUACAAAAAACUACCGGGGAGUAAAAAUCACCAAUUUUACCACAUCAUGGAGAAAUGGUUUAUCCUUUUGUGCAAUAUUACAUCACUUUAGACCAGACUUAAUUGACUACAAGUCUCUGAAUCCUCAAGAUAUUAAGGAGAACAACAAAAAGGCAUAUGAUGGAUUUGCCAGCAUAGGAAUUUCCCGGUUAUUGGAACCUUCUGACAUGGUUUUAUUAGCAAUUCCUGAUAAACUGACUGUUAUGACUUACCUCUAUCAAAUAAGGGCACAUUUCAGUGGACAAGAACUGAAUGUUGUGCAGAUAGAAGAAAACAGCAGUAAAAGCACAUAUAAAGUUGGAAACUAUGAAACAGAUACAAACAGUUCUGUUGAUCAAGAAAAGUUCUAUGCAGAGCUUGGUGAUCUGAAGCGGGAACCUGAACUCCAGCAGCCUACAAGUGGAGCAGUAGACUUCUUAUCACAGGAUGACUCUGUAUUUGUAAAUGACAGUGGAGUUGGAGAAUCAGAAAGUGAACAUCAGACUCCUGAUGACCACCUAAGUCCAAGCACAGCCUCCCCUUACUAUCGCAGGACUAAAAGUGACACAGAACCCCAAAAAUCCCAGCAGAGCUCUGGAAGGACUUCAGGAUCCGAUGACCCUGGGAUAUGUUCCAUUACAGAUGCAACCCAAGCGCAGAUUUUGUCAGGCAAGAAGAGACCACUGAAAGUUGAUAUGUUAGAACUCAGUGACUUAUAUGUUAGUGAUAAGAAGAAGGAGGUGUUCACGCCCUUUGUUUGUGAGAAGACAGAUGAACAAAAGCUUCAGACUCUAGACAUCAGUAAUAAUUCAGAGCAAGAAAAAUUAGAGAACUACAGUUCCAUAGAAUGCAAAUUAGAUCCUGAAUCACCUAUCAAAAAAACAAGUUUAUCUCCAACUUCUAAACUUGGAUACUCCUACAAUAGAGAUGCAGACCUUACAAAGAAAAAACGUACUUCCCUGAGGCAGACAGAGUCUGAUCCAGAUGCCGACAGAUCCACUUCAAAUCAUGCAGACCAGUCCACAAAAACGGUCCAGCAUCGAAUGUUAUCCAGACAAGAAGAACUUAAAGAAAGAGCAAGACUCCUACUUGAGCAAGCAAGAAGAGAUGCACUUUCAAAGGCGGCGAGUAAGCAGAACACCAGCGCAGCCACACCACUCUGCAGCAGGCAGCUAAGUGAUCAAGAUGAAGAGCGACGUCGGCAGCUGAGAGAGAGAGCUCGUCAGCUAAUAGCAGAAGCUCGAUCUGGAGUGAAGAUGUCAGAACUUCCCAGCUAUGGUGAAAUGGCUGCAGAAAAGUUGAAAGAAAGGUCAAAGGCAUCUGGAGAACAAAAUAGUAAGCUGGUGGACUUGAAGAAGCUCCUAGAACCUCAGCCACAAGUUGCAAAUUCACCCUCCACUGAUGCCCAGAAAACUGUAACUGAGAGCUCAGAGCAAGACAUUAAGAAUGGCGCUGAAGAUCUCCAGACUGAACGGUUACAAAAAGCAACAGAACGUUUUAAAAAUCCUGUUGUGUUUAGCAAGGAUUCUACAGUCAGAAAAACUCAACUUCAGUCUUUCAGUCAAUAUGUUGAGAAUAGACCAGACAUGAAAAGGCAGAGAUCAAUACAGGAAGAUACAAAGAAAGGAAAUGAGGAGAAGGCGGCGAUAACUGAAACUCAGAGGAAGCCAUCAGAAGAUGAAGUGCUUAAUAAAGGGUUCAAAGACACCAGUCAGUAUGUUGUAGGAGAAUUGGCAGCACUAGAGAAUGAGCAAAAGCAAAUUGACACCCGUGCCGCGCUGGUGGAGAAGCGCCUUCGCUAUCUCAUGGACACAGGAAGGAACACAGAAGAAGAAGAAGCCAUGAUGCAGGAGUGGUUUAUGUUGGUUAAUAAGAAAAAUGCCUUAAUCAGGAGAAUGAACCAGCUUUCCCUUCUGGAAAAAGAACAUGAUUUAGAAAGACGGUAUGAGCUGCUGAACCGGGAAUUGCGGGCAAUGCUAGCCAUUGAAGACUGGCAGAAGACUGAGGCCCAGAAGCGACGCGAGCAGCUCCUGCUGGAUGAGUUGGUGGCUCUGGUGGAUAAGCGCGAUGCGCUUGUUAGGGACCUGGACGCACAGGAGAAGCAGGCCGAAGAAGAAGAUGAGCAUUUGGAGCGAACUCUGGAGCAAAACAAAGGCAAGAUGGCCAAGAAAGAGGAAAAAUGUGUUCUUCAGUAGAUGUCAGACCAGAAUGUCUCCCAACAUUAUAGAAUCUUGGAUCCCAGACCAGAAAAAGACAGACUCCUUGUUGAUCUAAAACUUUCAACUCUUUGUUUGGCUGGAUUUACUUUACUACCAUCACCCCUUUUCAACCCUCCCUUCCAGAUAAUAUAGAGAACUCCAAAAUAGCUUUGUUUAAAGAAAUUUUUUGUGUGUUGUGUGAGUCAAUCAUUUCCUUGAAAUCAUGUGAAAUAGAUUUGCACAGACAACUUGUGAGUGAUUGGCAUUGAGAGUGUUUAAGAAACUUUUUAAAAAUUCAUUUUCUUUCGUUUCUUGGUGGGAGGAAAAAUCUGAAACGUUGUUGUUGUCGUUGGUGGUAAUAGCAUAAUAACAGUGGGGGGGAGGGGGUAACAGGGAGGUAAGAAAAAUGUCAUGAUUUUUUUCCCCCGUCCUGCCAUAUGUAACACUUACUGUUACCUAAAUUUUAUAGUUAGAUCAUAUUCAAUCUACUUAUUAAACUGUGUUCUAUUUACCAGUGGGGUUGUCUGCAGUUGUUUCGCAUUCCACUGUCAGGCUCUAGAGCUCCCUUCCUCUGCUCUCCUCAGAGGAUGGCCCUUUCCGGCAGCGGAGACGAGCUCCACAGUUUGAAGGUGAGCUGUGAGGGAUGGGACUCAGUGACACGCAUCCGUUUACAAAGUCAGUUUUAUCAUCCCAGAAUGCGCCAUCUUUUUCUCUGGAUAAUUAUUUAUUAUAUAUCUUGCUUGGUUCCUACAUUUUGUUAGGUCUCAACAUUGGUCCAAGAAUGCUGUUAAUAUUUAUUCUGUAUUGAUAAAAGGUCUGUCUUGCCAUUACGAGUCAAUACCCCAUUAACAUUCUCUAGCAUAGUUCUGUCAUUUUUGUGUGAAAAUGGUUGUUUAUUUAUUACAAUUCUGAGUCAUAUAUAAAUUUUCAAUAAAAGCAAAAACUUUCUUACCUUAAA